AUGGAUUUGAAUGGAAAUCAAGCUCAGCAGAAUCCAAAAAUAACAUUUAGCCAAUACAUAUCCGCAAUUAAGAGGGAUAUUUCUUAUCUUUAUAUCCCUUUUUCAAAGCAAACUCAGUUUUCUAAUGAAAUAAAUCGAGCAGAUCUGAUAGGAAAUGAAAUUUUAACCCUUCAUAAUAGAUCAAAUAUCUCAAAAGUUGCUUCCUAUAAAGCAAUUUUGGAUGAAAUUUUGAAACAGAUUCAAUCAUAUUUUUCUCAACCACUUGAAGCGAUAAUAUCCGACUUCGUCAAAUCAAAUCUUGAUGAAAUAGAAGCUACAGUGAUAAACUUGAUGGAAAAUAAAAAUAAAACGAAAACAACGGAAAAUGACUACCAAAAAUCCCAUUUUUCAAAGCAAAUUGAAGAAAUCCGAUUGCUCCUUAGUAAUUACAAAUCAAACCAAGAUGUUAAUGAUUCUAUUUUAAUGAAUUUGAACAUUUUAUCUGGAGAUAUUCAAUCCGAAUUUUCAAAUCAGUCAAUGAAUGCAGUCAAAGGUGCAUUUAUCUCCAUAAACAACUCAAUAGAGUGUAUUACAGCUCCUAAUAACAUAAUUUCUUCGUCACAAACCUAUAUUCAAGAAAUAGAACGAUUAAACAAUCAAAUAAUCGAUCUAUUGAAUAACUUUGUGAAUAAGCAACCUAUUUCUGCUGAAAAUUCUGAAGAAAUUGAGACAACAACUGAAAAUGAAGCAAAUACUGAACUUGUCAAUCUACAGAAGCUCAAAGACAAUAUAACAAAAGAGAUAGAUGCUGAAAAUCGUGAAAUUUCCGACAUGAAAACAGAAAUUUUAAAAAAUUACAAAGAAAUUCAAGAAAGAGAGGAAUAUUAUGAAACGUUCAAGGUUCCACAGGAUACCAAUGACAUUUAUAUCGAAUACACCCAAUUACUUUCUCAGAAAAAGGAAAUCCAAAACGAAAUUGAAAAAAUUGAAAGUCAAAAACGCGAAAUUGAGCAACAACUGCUCACCAGUAUCCCCAUUUCUCCAGAGACCAGAAGAAUGCAAGCUCAAAAUCAGUAUUACGUGAAAUUAAACGCUGCAUACGAGAAUUUCAACCGAAAAAUGCUCUGGGACAUCCAGAACCUCAAUGUUCUGACGAGAGAGAUGAUGAACGAUGGCUCCACUGUUGUUUUCAACAACUCCCAGCUGAAGAACGAGAAUUUGAAGCUGAAUCAGGACAUAAACUCGGCGGAAAGCGGCCUGGCCUUCAUAAACCAGCAGAGGGAUGAAAUUGUCAAUGUCAUUGAGGAGAUUUAUUCCACAGAAGAAGUAGAAACAGCAAUUUUUUCGCUGAUUUCGGAAAAUUUUGACGCAAAAAACGAAAAAACUUUUGUUUCCGAGGAAAUAAAGGCGUUUAGAGGGAGAAUACAGAGUGAAGAAGAUCUUGUGAAGGCUCUGAAUAAUCAGAUCAAUGAAAAUGAAGAAAAAGAACAGAAAUCUUUGAAAAUAAUUUCAAAUUUGCUUGAAAACAUCAAUAAAAAGAUGGAGGAGCUCAGAAACUCUUCAAAUUCUAAUAAGGUAGAGCGUUUGCAGCCAAAGGAACUUCUGAACAGAGCAAAAUUUGAUGAAAACUCAGUAAUUUUCGAUGAUUUGAUUAAAUUGCAGGUAAAGUAUAAAAAAUUGUACUUCAAAGAGGAUAAAGAUAAUCCGAGUGAUGAACUGCUCAAGAUGAGUGAAAAACUCUAUCAGAAAACUGAUAAAUUGAAAAAAUCUGGAAAUUUGGAAAAUUUAAAGGCAAUUAAAAAGUAUUUUGCUGAUCUAGAGGCUCAAAGGGAUCGAAUUAUUCUCCACGCGACUCGUGGCGCUGAGAAACAGACGGAAUUGGCGUUUUCCGAAAAUGAUCUUGAAGAAUCCGAACUAAAUCUCACUUUAUUAGGCUUGAAAGCAGAAAACUCUGGAUAUGAAGUCAAAUUCGAUCAGAAAACACUAGAUCGAAUUGAAAAAGCUCGAUCAAAAAUGUUAUCUACGCUUUCUGACCUCAAAUUGUUUGAUGACUGGGUAAAUUUGUAUGUAGAUGAAGAUGAGAAGAAGAAUCCUUUGAUUGAUAAGAUUAAUAGUUUAAUUGAAAAUUCUUGA